AAACCCUCACGGCCAGAGAUCAUCGUCUCCAAGCAAAAAAAAAAACCUAAAACCUCCAUCAACGCCGGAGGAAGAAAUUUUGUGUCAUCUACAACGAAUUCGUUAAUCGCGAUGAAGGAAGACGAAGUAAAUCGAUGCCAGAUUCAGAAUUGGUAUCCGAGAUUCAAAUCCUUAACCAUCAAAACCAAAUUUCACAAACUUCCAGAAUCAUUCAUCAACUAUCUCAUCGACGAUUCUGGUCCGUUUCUUCUCCCUCAUUCCGUAACAAACGAAGACGCAAUGCCUAACAGAGUCCACAAUUUCGAAGAAGAAGAUGAUUUCCAAGUCCCCGAAGAAGCUUCAGAUGACGAACCAUUGAAUCGUCCUUCUUUUCCAGAACUCGAAAUCGAGAUCAGAGAAUCAAUCGAAACCCUAGGCGGCACAAUUAUCCCGAAGCUGAAUUGGAGUUCACCAAAAGACGCAGCUUGGAUUAGUCCAUCACAGAAUCUAAGCUGCACUUGUUUCAAUGAGAUUGCUCUCUUGUUUCGUUCCUCUGAUUCGUUAACCCAUGAUCUCUUCAAUGCUUAUGAUUCAUGUAGUGACAAAGUCUCUUCAAGGCCAGAAAGUUUCUACCUUGCGUUGAGAAAAUGGUACCCUUCGUUGAAGCCUGAGAUGGAAUUUAGAUGCUUUGUGAAAUCUAACGAGCUUGUUGGGAUUUGUCAGCGUGAGGUAACUACAUUUUACCCUGUUCUUCUCAAUGAGAAGGAUUUGCUCAAGGGUUUGAUAGAAGAGUUCUUUGAUGAUAAGAUUAGGUUUGAAUUUGAAUCAGAGAAUUACACUUUUGAUGUUUAUGUGACGAAAGAGAGAAGAGUUAAGCUAAUAGAUUUCAAUACUUGGUGUGGUUCUACUUUGCCAUUGAUGUAUACAUGGGAAGAACUUGAGAAGAUUCAUGGAGAAUGUGAUGAAUUGGAAUUGAGGAUUGUUGAGAGCCGUCUCAGUGUGCUUCCUGGUUUGAAAACAGCUGUUCCUUAUGAUUAUCUUGACGUGAGUGCUGGUAGUGGUUGGGCUCAGGUUCUUAAGAUAGUGGAAGAGGAGUUUCAGAAAGACGAUCAGAGUUCUGAUGAAGUUGCUUGAAGACUUAGAUUCUUGGUUAUUGGAAGACUAGACAAUAAUUUUUUGAACUAUCAUAGUUGUGUGCCUACCAAUAAGUGUCGUGUUCCAUUGUUGUUCUGAAACGGUUUAAUCACGAUGUUGGAACUUUGAUGGUGUCUUUUUCUUAUAAGAUUUUCUCUUCUAGACUGCUUUUGUAUUUGUCUUGUUAUUCUUCUGCAAAGAAUUGUGUUGAGUGGCAAAUUGUUCCUGAUUGGUUUCUCAUUACCAAAUUUGUACAUGGAUGUUGGAUUAGUUGUUUGGGUCAGACCGGUACAAUCCGGUUCGGUUUAAG